AUGAUUGGUCCCUUCAAAAAGGCAUCUAAAGCAUACGACCACAUAUUGGUCGCCAUUGACAAGUUCACCAAGUGGAUAGAGGUGAAGCUAAUCAAGAUGCUAAUUGCUGCUAAAAUUGCUAAGUUCAUAGCAGAGAUAACCCACAGGUUUGGGGUCCCCAACAGGAUCAUAACUAACUUGGGAACAAACUUCACCAGUUGGGAGUUCCAGGAUUUCCGCGACGAAUGGAACAUCAAGGUCUGGCAUGCUUCCAUCGCCCACCCAAGGGCCAAGGGCCAAGUCGAGCGGGCCAACGGAGCAUUGUUGCAAGGAAUCAAGUCCAGGAUCUUUGAUCAGCUGAAGAAGUACGCGACCAAAUAG